UUGGGCCGGGCUCUGACGGGAUGGAGAAGACGUGGAAAAGGGGAGAUGGAGAGCAGCGCUCUCAUGGCUGCCCUGAGGGAACUCCACGCCGAGAAGAGAAGGUUGCUGGAUUACGGGAAGACGCAUGACAAAGAGGAGGAGGAAGAAGAUGAAGAUGAGGAUGAGGAUGAUGAUGAUGACGACGAAGAAGAAGAUGAUGAUGAUGAUGAUGAAGAGGAGGAGGAGGAAGAGGAGGAGGAAGAAGAGGAGGAGGAGGAGGAGGAGGAAGAGGAGGAGGAGGAGGAGGAGGAAGAGGAAGAGGAGGAGCCAUCUGAGCCUCCCACUAAUCAAACAGACACAUACUCCAACAUAACUGCGUGUCAUACAGCUGACAGAGAGGUCAGCUGCAGAGGCCUAGGCCUCACUCAACUGCCUGUCUUCCACAACCUGGAGGCCACAAAAAUAGACAUGGCAGAGAACAACAUCGGAAUCAUCUCUCCUCAAAGUUUCCAUGGCCUGUCGAACCUUGACACGCUGGAUCUGAGCCAGAAUAAACUGAACGAUGAGUCAUUCAUCCAAAACCCGCUGCUCAACUUGACUUUCCUGAAGAAACUAAUUCUAGAUGGCAACCAGAUCACCAGGAUCCCAGUUUUGCCAGCAUCUCUGGAGGAGCUCAGGAUUAACAACAACAAGCUCGGGGCGCUCACUCCUCACAGCUUCGAAGGUCUGGUAAACCUGCUGAACCUGGAGCUGGAGGAGAACAUGCUUCGUGAAGGCAGCGUGUCACCGUUAGCUUUCAGACCUCUACAGAAGCUGGUGUACCUGCAGCUAGAGAACAACCACUUCCGUUUGCCCCCGCCAGGUCUCCCCCCCUCCCUUCAGGUUCUCAAAAUGAAAGAAAAUCUGAUAGAAGAAUUGACAGAAGAGGCACUGAGGGACUGCAUUCAUUUGAAAGUCUUGGACCUGAGUCACAACUACAUAAGUGAAAAGGGCAUCUCUAACCGUGCCUGGACCCGUCUGAGAUCCUUGGAAGCUUUGGACCUGUCCCACAAUCAUUUGACCUCAGUCCCCAUGUAUUUGCCACGUCCUCUCCGUAAACUCACCCUCCAACACAACAACAUCACUCACAUUCCUGCCUUCACGUUCCGUCACCUGCGGCCUGGCCUCCAGUCGCUGCAUCUGUCCCAUAAUGCACUGACUAAUGUGGGUGUAGUGCAAUAUGCUUUUGUUGGAUCUUACCGGUCGCUGACCGAGCUCCUGCUGGACAACAAUCUCUUGGGAGAGAUCCCUCGGAGCAUCAGACAUUUUAAGAACCUGCAGGUGUUGAGACUGGACAACAAUCAGAUCAGGCUGGUGAGGAAGUGGGCUGUGUGUCACCCUCGCAAUUCUGGCUCCACCAUGGCUUCUGUCCAUCUGGAAAAUAACCUCCUGGAAAUAGAGAAGAUCCCCCCAAAUGCCUUUUCCUGUGUCGCUGAUGCCCAGGGACUGGUCCUUUAUCCACAGACUGGCUAACACAUAUGCAUCAAGUGCCACUCACAUGCUGGACAUUUGCGGUAUCACAUGACACCCUAAUGCAGAGUAUUUAUGUUUUCUCAUUUUUCUUCAAGUUUAUCAUUAGUAUUGCUCUGAAAUGAGAGCCUUAGUUAAAAAAAAAACAAUCACUAUCAUGAUUCCUCUUUAGUUAGUGCUUUCAUUUCAAAUUCCUGAGCUGGUCUUUGUUUCUUAGAGCCAUCUUUAGAACCCAAAAUAACUGUAGCACCUUUUUAUGUUAUAAGGCAAAUACAUAAUUUAUACAGUUAUUGAAGUUCUUCUCAUAUAAGAUACUUGUGUGUUUUAUGUGCAAUUUACUCUUAAAUAUCUUUAAUAAGGUGAUGUGGCAAGGUUAAGCCACAGUGGGAGUCUCAACAGAUACAUAGAACCAGUUUUUGAGUAUUAUGUCUUUUAUUUUGACCUAUACACACACACUCCUCAAAGCUGAUCCGCUGCUGGCUCCUCAGGUCCGUCCAGGUCCAGUUGGCUACUGGCCGGAGGGGAGAGUGAUUAGCCAACUAAUUCCAGGUGUGCUAAUCACUGCUUUCCUGAGCCUCCCCAAUGCCUCCUCCAAAGGUUUAUUUGAGAAUUGUAUAUCUAAUAGAUGGACAUGUGUGUUAAUUUAAAAUCUGAGGUACUGGGACCUGAAUGUUUUUAAUCAGAUAGAAAUAAUGUAAGGUGAGAAGUGGACUCAGGAAUCCUUCAAGACAGAGUACCAGAGAGCGACUAUAAGAGAAGAAAUGUAAAAAAUAUCAUGCUGAUACCCUUUCAUGGUAUUAGCUUCCAACAUCCACAAUGAACCACUUCAUUGUGGAUGUUGGAUUGGACAGUGUUAAGUACUCAGUCAGGGCCUCUGAGCAUGUAGCGGUAACUUCAGUCUUUGCAAGGGAAACAGAAUGAUUAUGUAUGUAUUGGAGAAGUAAGGCAGCCAAUCUCAUUAUUUAGCCGAGCACUGGGGAAAAUGAGAAAAAUACGAGGAACAUGUCAUUGCAGAGGUAAACGAACACAAACAACAAGAAGGCACAAGUGAGCCAUUGUUCUUAGAAAGUUUCAAAGCCAGCCAGUGAAAAAUGAGAGGAGAAGCAGCUCAUUUCUUGUUAGGGAAGGAGAUUCAAAACAGAAGGACGGACGGGACAGGGAGCCAGAUCCAAUUCAGAGAUCUUUUCACGUUUGUAAAGUAAGCCACUCAUCAUGCUCUACUAACCUGCAAACAUAAUUCCUUAUGUGAAUGCCCAGAUCUCAGUGUUUUCUGUCCUCUUCUUUUUGUGUACGUUAUUGUUUCUGUCCCUGACAAUGCAGCUGGUUCAAAGAUAUUUUUAGCUUCACACGAAUUGUUAUAAAACUAUUCCAUGAUAUAGGUAAAAGUGGUCAUAAUGAGAACAUAAAAUAGCAGAAGCAGAGGAAAAAGAAUAAAAAUCCUUCUAUUCAGCUCCUUGCAUAAUAUUAGUAUUCCCAAUUAGGGAUGUGAACUGACAAUAUGUCCAUCUUGAAUGUAUCCAGCUGUGUUACAUCAGGUCUUAAAUCAUAGUUAAAUGUCUGUUUUCCUAGUUUCUCUCAGAAAAUAACAGAUUUUUUCUGAUGCAAGUUUGAGCAACAGUAACGAAGUGAAGGGAAAUCUUUUGAAUCUGUAAAGCUACUUGUUGAAAGGCAACACACUUCACUGCAUCAGAAAAUAAUACAAUAAAAACGUCA